AUGGAUGCUGCUGCUAUUCUGGAACAGGCAGACAAGCUCUAUGAGCGGAUGUCGGAGGCCCCAGAAUCUAAGUUGUUCAACCAAGAUGAACUUCUUGCCUUGGUCGAAGGCUCGACUUUGAGCGAUAUGAUGAAAUUGACUCAAGACCUUCUUAAUAGAAAAUUGAUGAACUUGAGUAUGGUAGGAGAGGAGGUGCGUUUUCAGAUUGUUUCUGUGAGAGAAUCCGAAAAGCUCCAGACCAUGUCCAAGGAGGAGGAAAUGAUUUACCAGCAUAUUUCUGCUUCAGGACGUGAGGGUAUUUGGCUUAGAAUCCUCAAGAGUAAGGUCAAUCUACAUGAUAUUUCUAUGAACCGAUGCCUCAAGUCUUUGGAGAACCAGCGUUUCAUCAAGCUGAUUCGACUGGUCAAGUAUCCAACGAGAAAAAUCUAUAUGUUGUACAACUACCUGCCGUCGGAGGAAGUCACCGGAGGUCCCUGGUAUACGGAUAGUGAGCUCGAUACAGAGUUCAUUGAGAACAUAAUGACUGUGGUCUGGCGAUACAUAAGUCAGAAAACAUAUCCCGCCGCAUUUUCUGAUGCUCAGUCAAACAAGAACCCGUUGCAAUGUGUUCACCCGGCCAAUCACAACGGCUACGCGACCUUGUCGCUGAUCACCGACUUCAUUAGCGAGCGCAAGAUCUCACUCGUGGAACUCUCUGAGAACGAUAUUAGAUCUGUGUGCAUGGCUCUUAUCUACGAUGACAAGAUUGAAGAGGUAAAGGGCGCUGUGGACACCUACAAAGCUACAUGGCAGGGAGUGUUGGACUCUGGAUUUGGCCGCCAGUACAAAAAUGAGAACCUUCUCGAUGAAAACCAGAAGAUUCUCACCGCAAAAAUAGAAGCCGAAAGGCAAUUCAGCAUUUUCGACUAUUCUUCUGUCAUCAACGAGGAUGUUCCACCCCUGGAUGUGGUGUACAUGGACGCAUGGGUCAGAGACUAG